AUGCCUUAUUCUGGGAAAUAUCGGCAGGAGUCUCAGGGGAACUUUGAGCCCUUUAUGCGGGCGCUUGGUGUUCCUGAAGAUCACAUUAAACUUGGCAGGGAUCUAAAGACACUCACUGAGAUCGAGGAGAAUGGAGACCACUUUAAAAUGACCAUGACCACCGGAAGCGAGGUUAAGGCAUUUUCAUUCACCGUCGGUCAGGAGUGCGAAAUGGAAAGCUUCACUGGGGAAAAAUUCAUGGGAGUGGUAAAGCGUGACGGGAACAAACUCACCUGCAACAUGAAUGGAAUCGAAUCAGUCACAGAGCUGGUGGAUGCAAACACUCUGGUCAAUACAAUGACAUUCAACGGCAUCACAUUCAAGACGACAAGUAAACGUGUAUAA